AUGGCUUCUUCCUCACUUCCUGGUAACUUCAUCGUCUCUAAAGGAAAGGGAGAUCUCCUUAUGGUCACCCUCCGUCACCCCAAAUACCCCAAGGCAUCAUGUGACGUCUACGUAUACGGUGCUCACGUGGCUAGAUGGACCGACCGAGAAGGUGAUGAGAUCAGCAACUCCAACCUGUAUAUGUCCCCUAUCGCUGACUAUGGUAACGGUAAGGCUAUGAGAGGCGGAGUCCCCGUCUGUUGGCCGCAAUUCGCUGGUAACGGUCCCUUCCAGAAGCACGGCUUCGCGAGGAACACUGAGUGGGAGCUCGACAGCUACAGCACCGAGGAGGAUCCGUGCGUUACAUUCAAGCUGGUUUCGAACGAAUUUACUAAGGAAACGAUGGGAUGCCCAUUCGAAUUCGAGUUGCGGUAUACUGUAACUCUAGGUGGGGACUAUUUGGGGAUGCAUAUGGAAGUGGUGAAUACUGGUGCGGAGGCUAUGCAGUUCGCAACAGCUCUUCAUACGUACUUUUCGGUCGGAGAUAUUGCUACGACAACAGUAGCGGGAGUUGAUGAGCAUCAUUACAACGAUACGGCUCAGGGAGGCAAGGACUGUUAUGAUGGGAAUUCGGUGGUUGAGUUUAAUGAGGGUAUUGUGGAUAGAGUGUAUAAGCAAGCAGCUGGCCCCGCUCAUAUACUUUGUGACGGUUCUAAGAUGUGA